AUUUCCCUCUUAUGAUCCGCGUUCGGAUCAACCUUAUCUAAACUUUAUUCAUUUUUCCCACAUUAAAGUUAUGUACCAAUAUAAACCGACGUUAUCUUUCCCCUUUCUGUUCAUCUCUGCUCUUUCUUCUCUUCUUAUCUCGAACGCGCAAAUAAUUACGAUACGAAGAACGAUCGAUUAGGAAUACCGCGUCGUACACGCGCCGAUAUGAUACCGUGCGCGGAAUCCGCUAAACCAUAUAAAUAAACGCGAACAAAUAUUAUUUGCUUUGAUCGAUCGACGUGACCCGACGCCACGCGCACGUAUUGUCAAUCGUUACAGCAGGCGCAUCGAAAUCGAACAAAACUGCGAACAAGUGGGUUGAUGCGAAAUUUACAGUCGUGCCGUCGCGCCGUAACGCGCGAACAACAAUCGAUUCGUCGACAGAGUCGUGCAAACACCGCUUUUCGAGAAAACUUACCUCGCGAUUAAUUUCACAUCGACGAAAAUAAAAAUGAACGCUAGUAGACGAUGCUACUAGAACGCAAAACAUUCGAAAUUGUAUUACGCGCGCUUUGAAUCGCGGCAACCUAACCAAAAACGUGUCCUUGCUCGCUGGCUAGUUACCAACCCCGUUCGUUUCUAUGAACGCGUAUUUUGAUUACAUAUGUACUAUCGACGCGAAGCACCAAAUCGUACGCUGAUUAUUCGACUAAAAUCGUACGAGUUAACGAUAUUUAUCGAUCUCGGAAUAAAUUGGGAAACGAGAGCGUACGUCGCGUCGUUGGGGUGCAAUCACGAAACAUGAUUCGGUAAUUUUCAACAAGUUUUGUGCCGCGUGCAUUUCAUCGUCUAUCGUGGAUUCAAGUUGCGUCGAAUCGCGUCGUGGAUCUACGCAAAAUGAUGUGAGCGCUCUCUUGCGGGGCACGAGUCAAUUUCAACGCCGAGUUAACCUUUCUACCAACAUAUUUGUCGUGGCAUAUAUUGGCUACGAAACGUGCUCGUUUUUUUCACGAUAAUCCAUUUUCAAUCAAAUUAUCGCACUUCUCUUCGUUUAUCUUGCCUCCUGUAUCUUCACACUUUCUGUUAAACCGUUUCUUGGACAUCGCGAAUUAAUAAACGAACGUGACGUUGUUGAUUGGUUGAUCGACCGAUCCGCAAUAAGUCGAUAGUGAAGGAAAUGGAAUUCGUUAAAUCGAGAAACAACGAUGCGAGCGGGCUAGUUUGUCGCGUUUCGAAACAGCGUGCGUGCGUGCCUACCUUUUAAAAGAUUGAUACGCGUAUGGAUCGAAAAAUCCAGAAACGACCGCGUUCCAAUAGUCAACAAAGUAAAUUGACUAUCGGAAUAAUUGUAGCGAUGCUCGGAAUCGGUAUCGCUUCCGCACUGUUUGCCUACGCGGCAUUUGCGGUCGCGACAGACGCAUCUAACGAUCAAACAAGUAUACAACAGGUGAUAUUCGUUUUCCGACAUGGGGAUCGUACUCCUACGGAAACUUAUCCGACGGAUCCAUACCGGGAUUACGAUUGGCCAGGAGGUUGGGGAGCUUUGACCAAGGAAGGCAUGCUGCAAAUGUACAAUACAGGUCGGUGGAUUCGGAACCGGUACGGCUCGGUGAUCGGUAACAGAUACUUGAGUAACUUGUCGUUAACGCAGAGUAGUUACGCGGAUCGCUGUCUAAUGUCUGCCGAAGCUUUACUCGCAGGCUUGUAUCCACCGAGUCCCGAAGAAAUAUUUUUUCCGGGUUUAAAUUGGAGACCCGUUCCCGUCCAUUCUACUCCUAGAAAUCUAGACAAGAUUAUCACGGUCAAGGCUUCCUGUCCAAGAUUAGAGGCAGCUCUGAAGGAAGCAUACGCGAACGAAUCCGCGCGUCCUGGAACUCCAUCGGCCGAAUACUAUAAGCAACUUUCCUCCUAUGCUGGAAAAAACAUCGCUACUAUCACAGACGUUGAAUUUCUAUAUAACACUUUGGAAAUCGAACAACUCCACGGUUUAAAACUACCCGCUUGGACAAACGAGUAUUAUAACCUACGCAUGCGCGAACUCGCGGCUCGGAGUUUAGCCAUAUUUACCAGCAACGUGUUGCAGCAACGACUGCGAGGAGGACCGUUGCUCAAAGAGAUCUUAACCCGAAUGCAAGCGUUCAAAAACGGCGAUGAUACGAGACGAGCGUAUUUUUAUUCCGCCCAUGAUACAACGCUAGUGAAUUUGUUGAGAACCAUGGGAUUCACGAACGAGUAUUUCAAACCUGACUACGGUGCGAUGCUAAUUUUCCAGUUGCACAAUGUCUCUGAUUUUACAGAAAUAAAGUUAAUGUAUCGAAAUAACUCGAACACGGCUACACCGCAUCCUAUGGAAAUACCAAAGUGUACCACGCCUUGUACACUCGAAAACUUGACGAGUUUAUGGAAGAAUGUGCUUCCCGAUAACUGGGACGACGAAUGUCAACCAUGACGAUACUUCUUCGUUUCAGCCUUGUUUUUCGACACGUGCAACCUUUUGCCAACAUUGCGUUCUGCACAUUUUUUAUUCUUUUACUUAAGAUCGAAUACGCUUAAUCGAAUCGAAAGAUAACGAAAGAACGAUAAGCGAGUCGGUACGAUACGGACGUUUGCGGUUUUCUUCUGAUUCUUCCCUCGUCCGUAAGUCAAACGGCAUAAGUAACCCUGCGAUAUUCUCUUACGUUAGAAUACUAAGAAAAUCCGUCGAUUAGAAAAAAGAACGGAAAGUCUAACUUUACGUCCGUCGAACGGUACACGCGUCGUGCUACGCACGGCCCGCGCCGCACCGUGUCAUACGAAUCAAUUCUAAUUCCAGCGAAGCCGGUUAAGAUUACUAAAUUGGCACAAAAUCGUUUAACCAGGAUGUGUCCGCGUUGCUUACGCAACAAAUGACACUGGAUGUUUUGCAUGUCUCGUUACGCAAUACCAGAACGAUUAUUACGAGCAGUCUUUCCGUUGAAUUCAAAUACUCGAACGUCGAUUAAACGUCGUCGGUAUACCGACCGAGAUAUCGCGCCCUCCUCGAACGCCUACCCUCCACCUUUCUCGUUGUUCGACCGUUCGUCAUUCAAACUUCUUUCUACCGAACAGCGCCCGAUACAUCCAUGUUCUUUCGUUGUCUUUCGAUUUAAUUAUGUUCCUGGUCAAUGUUCACGGGUAUACACCGAUAUGCAUGAUCGGUGAUCAUCCAGCGGUGAUCAUCGAUUCAUCGGUCGCUGCGAUGAAAUCAUCGCGCGAACUUUGAACAUUCCGCGUAUACAGAUCCCUCCUUGUUUUAUUUUCUUCUCUACAUAGUUGAAUAGAUAAAUACGAUAAAUAGAUAUAUUGAUAGACGCAGAAAUAAGUGAAUCAAUAAAUAAAUAUUACAGUCAAAUAAAUUUGAUUGAUUUAAGAUAGGACGUAAUGACAUAGCGGACGCGAUACGUGUAGAUAUAAAUUAAACUUUGAACGACAACCUUUAUGCGUGACAAAAAAGACCAAAUGUGAUACGAAUAUGUAGUAUAAUAAAACGAUACGCUUCCAAGUUA